GGUGUAUCCUACACCAGUGGCCUCCACCAUGCCGCCUAAGUUUGACCCCAAUGCAAUCAAAGUUGUAUACCUGAGGUGCACCGAUGGCGAAGUGGGUGCCACAUCUAUCCUGGCCCCAAAGAUUGUCCCAUUGCGUCUGUCUCCAAAAAAGAUUGGUGAUGAUAUCGCCAAAGCAACUGGUGAUUGGCAGGGUCUGAGGAUUACAGUGAAACUGAUCAUUCGGAACAGACAGCUCCAGACUGAAGUGGUAUCUCCUGCUUCUGCCCUGAUUAUCAAAGUCCUCAAGGAACUUCCAAGAGACAGAAAGAAGCAGAAAAACAUUAAACACAGUGGAAAUAUCAUUUUUGAUGAGAUUGUCAACAUUGCCUGGCAGAUGCGGCACCGAUUUUUAGCCAGAGGACUCUCUGGAAACAUUAAAGAGAUUCUGGGGACCACCCAGUCUGUGGGCUAUAAUGUUGAUGUCUGCCACCCUCAUGACAUCAUAGAUGACAUCAAUUUCACUGGAAUGCCUAGCUAG